CCUCUGUACAGGUUUUAGAAAGACACCACGUAAAAUUUGUAAACAUGGCAGACAAAAGGAAAAAUCGUCGAAGAAAUGAAAAGAAUGGAGAAGAAAAGUGCACAAAAGAGGAAUAUGCAGUGGCCAAACAUCUACGAUUUAAUAUACCUAUUAAAGAGGCCAAGUUUGUGGCAAUGGGAGAGGAAGUCAAAUGUUUCAUAGCUAAGGAUGCUGUGGAUGCUUUAAUGGAUUCAAAAUGGGCGAAAAAAUCUGACGGUGAAAUACAGAUCACGGACAGAAAGUCAUGUGUUAAUCUGAUGAAUACUUUCCUUCAAAAAGGACUAUUCCACAGAGCAGUUAAAGUGGAGAGAAAGAAAGAUAAAAGUGACAAAGCAAAGAAAAAGAAAAAAGAUGAUGAUGCUAUUGAGGAGGAUAAAAAGUCAAAGAAGGAGAAGAAAAAAGCCAUCACAGAUGGACAGGAGAGUGAGUCAAAAACAGAUGAAAAAAAGAAAGACAAGAAGGAUGAAGACAAAAAGGAAGAAAAGAAAGAAGAAAAGAAGAAGAAAGAAAGAAGACUGAAAUUAAAUAUGCAUGACGACCAAAUCUUCCUUGACGGAGAUAAUAUAUAUGUGUGGAUAUAUGACCCCAUACCAGCAAAGACAUUUUUAAUUGGACUUCUUAUGGUUGUGGGAGCUGUGGCAUUCUGUUUGUUUCCCCUGUGGCCAGAUGAAAUACGAAUUGGUGUUUACUAUCUUAGUUUAGUUGGGGCUAGUUUUGUUGGAUUUGUUCUAUUUUUAGUUGUUUUGAAACAGAUAUUGUUUUGUUUGCUAUGGUUACUGACAUUUGGAAAAAUACAUUUCUGGCUGUUCCCAAAUUUAACAGAAGAUGUUGGAGUUCUUGAAUCUUUUAAGCCAUUUUAUGAAGUUAAACGACCAAGUGAAACGAAAAAAGCCAAAGACGUUAAAAAGGAAAUGAGAAAACGGAGGGAAAAAGCUCUUGAAAAUGAAGAAACGGAGAGUGAAACACAAGAAAUGGAUGCCGAAAAAACAGAAGAACAGGGAUUUGAAAUGGUAUCUCAUGAAGAUAUUACUGAAAAUGGGGAUAAAGUUCAAGAUGAAAAUGAUGAGGAAGAUAAAGAUCAUGAAGGAGAUGAUGAAGAUGUUGGAGAAGAGGAGGAAGUGAAAGACAAUGAAAUGGGAGACAACUCUGACAAUGUUGAUGAUAAAAAAGAUAAAUGAACAAUUUUUUCGUGGUUUUAAUCUAGUCUGUUAUCAUUCGGGAAAAUGGAUUUUGUUUCAAUAGAAUAGCAAAGAUGAGGAUAAAAGUGAUCCUUUUAAAGGUCAACAUUAACAUUGGUUUGAUAUUCAUGUCAUAUAUAUAGCUUGCAUAAUUUAGUCUUUUGAAAAAUUUCAAGAUUUUGUCUCAUCCAGUGGUUCAAAAAUUAAAAUGUGGUGGCCCUGUUCAUUUCCUUGAACCAUUGGAGGAAACAAAUUAUGGGUCCAUUUUUUUUACUGGUAGUCAGAAAAGAAAAAGAAAAUUUUUGAAUUUCAUUUCAUUGUAUCAUAAGACAUUUCCACAAAGACUGUCAUCAAAUAAAAAUGAAAAGAAGAACACAAAUAGCUGCUUCAUGAAUCAGAUUUACUUUAAAUUUUGCUGUCGUGACAGGAAAAUAAACAUCAGGGAACCUGAAGUAGAAGGGCAGGGUACCAGUUAAAGGUAUAAAAGUACCAGGAGCCUCUAAACAUGUAUACAAUUAUUACCAAAGUAGCAUGGUCAUUUAUAUUUGUAUUCAGGGCUGUUCCAUUAAGAUAAAUGUUGAAGGAGAGGAAUGGAAGUUUUGUUUUUAAAGAUGGUGCAUUUAAUGUAUUCUAAAUUUCUUAAAGAUAGUAUGUUUGUUGUGUUAUUAUUAAAAGUUCCUCUCUAACCUCCAAUAUUUGUUUUAAUGGAAUAACCCUAAGUAUAUUGGUCAUAGCCAGAUAGUUUAUAUUUAAACCAAAUAUUAAAAAAUAAUCACUUCAUAACUGCAGAAUUUAGGACACAGGCUGACCUUAAAUUUUAACACUGGAUAUAUAUUAAAUAAGACAACUUUGCCCAAAAAACUCCUUAAAAAGCUGACAAUAUUAAUCUAAGAAAUAAUAUAAAAGGGUCCAUUAAAGUUAAUUAUUAAGAUUUUAGGCCAUUUUAUGAUCUUUUAAACAUUUUUUCAUACAUUUUGCUGUCUAACUUUAGGUUAUGAGGUCCUGGUAUUUCCAUGAUUGUUUGUCUUGGAAAUAAACUGAUGUAUGUUUUAUGAAGUGAAUAACCAAUGCUCUAAAUAUUUUUGUUAUUGUUAAAAAAACUCAUUAUAUGAAUUUAAAAAAGAUUGGUCUACCUGUAUUUCUAAGGGGUGGCAGUUAUUUCCUGGCUAGAAUACUGUAUGUACCGUUUCAAGUCAUCUUCAAGCCAUGCUUUUUUCUGAUCAGAUGUAAGCUUUUCAUAGAAGACAGCUGCCUCAUGCACAAAAUAUUUCAUUACUAUUAAAUUAAGUAAUGCGUUAGAAUCAACACUGGAGUACUGAGAAUGGUUGUGCAUCUUAUUUCAUUUAAACAUGUGAUAAAGAGAAAAUUGUUGCACCACAUUUUACUGUUCAUUCUUCAACAUCUACCAAGAGAUAGCAAGGAAAAUCGUGCACCAUUGUUCAUUAUUCAUUAUAUGCCAUCCCAUAAUAUUUAUUAUUAAUUGUAUAUCUAUUCAGUAUUGUCAUUAACAUUUGAAUACAUGUAAUAAAGGAAGGAAGACAAAACAUGCUUUGCUAAA